CAGAGAGAGAGAGAGAGAGAACGAGUCGAAAGGUGCGGGCACGCGGACGCCUGGCAGGUGGCCGGCGGCGCAGCUGUGCAGAGGGGUCGUGUACUCGCAGGUCAGUCCACCUCUUCUAAAUUCUUCCCGAAGUGGCUGCUGCUCCAUGGGGAUCGGAAUCAACGGCGAACAGUCCACCGUUCUUAGUUCAUUUCGGCUUGCAGGCGAUCUGUUCGAUGAAAUGCUCCAUGCGGAUUAGUAAUGUACUCCGUAUAAAAUAGUCUCAACUCUUAAAAGAGAAAUUUCAGCAUCAGGUUCUCUUGCAACACAAGAAUGUCACAUUAGAAAGUUCAGUCACCACGUGCUAAAUGUGCUCAGCUAUCUCAAAACUGAAAAGGAAAAAAAAUCAGUUCAACCAUCUCAGCGAAUUGGAACUUGACAUAUACACGUGUCUUAAAUAGGGCCAUGACUAGUUUUGCUUUGAAAUUUCCUCUUACCUACACAGAACCUAUCCUUUUUUUUUUUCAAGAACACGCAAGAGAGUUGCGUGCCUUAUACAUUAAGGAAGAGAAGAUGGCAUACAAGCGAUAGUCGACAAGCCGACGUCUCGCUGCACAAAACCUAUCCUGAUUGAAACUUUCUUGGAAGUAUAUAUAUCAACCAGUCCGUCAUGCUUUAGUCAGUUCGGUUGCCUCGUUGGACUUUGAAAUAGGGUCAUGACUAGCUGCCCUCAUUGGACUUUGAAAUCAACCGACAAGGGGUACCAGCCAGCUGGUAGUUAAGAACCUAUGUUCGUUGUUAGCUUCAAAGUUCAAACAGAUACAAGAAUAGCUGUGUUCAACUCGUACGCUUAGAGAGAUGACGAUUUCGAUCCCUUCUUCCCGUCGAGCGUCGAUUGGCACCAUUGGAGCACUCAUGUUUCAGCUCCUGGUGGUGGCACUGGCAGCAGGGCCAAUAGCCUUGCCCGGCUGCCCCGAAAGCUGCGGCCACAUUACCGUGCCGUACCCUUUCGGCAUCAGCAAAGGCUGCUUCCACGAGGGCUUUGGUCUCACCUGUGACGAGAUGCAGUACCCACCAAGGCUGUUCUUGGGUGAUGGAGUGGAAGUGCUUGGCAUCUCCUUGACUGAUGGCACGGUGCGGAUCCGGAGCAAGGUUUUGCGAUCAAGCUUCUCUGAGUUCAACGGCUCAUGGUCCGGCCCUGCAGUAACCUGGCCCUUCUCGGUAUCAAGCGCGUGGAACUGGUUUGUGGCCAUUGGAUGCAACAUCGUAGCUAAGCUCGGCCAUCCGAGCGGGCUCCAUACUCAGGACGGGAGCCAGGCCAGCACCUGUGCCGCUGCUUGCCUGGACGACCACCAGAACUUCACUGGUACAUCGUGCUCGGGUAUUGGCCGCUGCCGCGCAUCUAUCGUGUGGGAGCUGCCAUCCUAUGGCAUCCAAGUUACACCACUUGCUGCGUUGACACCUGACUUCUCGUCAUACACAGGUGUGUAUGUGUUCAUUGUUGAUCAGGACUGGUUCAGCAGAAAUGAAAAUGAGAUGAUGGUCAACUUCACCCAUUCAUAUGAGAAAACCAUGGUUGAGAGUGUACCGGCAGUGUUGGAGUGGUGGUUGGAUUUGAUCGGCAACAAGGACAUGUUGCCGUUGUCUGUCAGGCCCAAUUCUUCCGAAUUUAGAUGUUUAAGCUUGAACAGCGAUAGCUAUUUCGUUUUUGGAGAUUAUGAAAAAAGACGGUGCAACUGUUCUCAAGGAUACGAGGGCAACCCUUACAUCACUAAUGGGUGCCAAGAUAUCGAUGAGUGCCUACAACCAGAUGUUUAUCCCUGCAAUGGGACCUGCAUCAAUAUGCCAGGGACAUACCGAUGCUCAGCAAAGAAAAGAAUCAUCAGCUUACCAGGUCUAAUUACCAUAAUAGCAAUUGGUGCUGGUUUUGGCCUACUGUUUUCACUCCUAGGUGUUGCCCAAGUCACCAAAAAACUUAGGAAACGAAGAGCCAAGAAGUUCAGACAAAAAAUCUUUAAGAAAAACCAUGGACUUCUUCUACAACAGUUAAUCUCUUCGAACAAAGAUAUAGCCGAAAAGAUGAAGAUUUUCAGCUUAGAAGAGCUAGAGCAAGCAACCAACAAAUUUGACCAUAAUCGGAUCCUUGGCGGCGGUGGGCAUGGCACGGUGUAUAAAGGCAUCUUAUCUGACCAACGUGUCGUGGCCAUCAAGAAGGCCAAUAUUGUUGUGCAGAGGGAAAUCGACCAGUUUAUAAAUGAGGUUGUUAUACUUUCACAGACAAACCAUAGGAACGUGGUGAAGCUCUUUGGUUGCUGCCUCGAGACAGAAGUUCCUCUACUAGUUUAUGAGUUCAUAUCGAAUGGAACUCUCUCUUGUCAUCUCCAUGGUCAAAGUGAUAACCAUUUAUCAUGGAAAGAUCGAUUGAGGAUUGCACUGGAAACUGCAAGGGCUAUUGCAUAUCUACACUCUGCUGCUUCCGUAUCAGUAUACCAUAGAGAUAUCAAGUGCGCCAAUAUACUACUUACUGAUACUUUGACAGCAAAAGUAUCAGAUUUUGGAGCUUCGAGGUCAAUUGCAAUAGACCAGACAGGAAUACUUACAGUUGUCCAAGGAACCUAUGGUUACCUUGAUCCUGAAUACUACUACACUAGUCGAUUGACGGAGAAGAGUGAUGUUUACAGCUUUGGUGUCAUCCUAGCAGAGCUACUGACAGGGGUUACACCAGUUUUUUCUUCUCAUUCAUCAGAAGCCACAAGCCUAGCAUCACACUUUGUAUCACUAAUGAGCGAAUAUCGGCUGUCAGAUAUUCUAGAUACACGAAUUGUUCAUGAAGGAGCUGAAGAUGCUGAAGUGGUUGCAAGACUUGCACAAGCUUGUUUAAUCUUAAAAGGUGAAGACAGACCUACGAUGAGGCAAGUAGAGACAGUACUUGAAGAUGUGCAGAGUUCAAAGGUCCGUCUCAAUUCUCAGACAAUAAGAGUGAGCCAGACUUCUCUAAAAGACCUGCCAUGGAAGGGCAACAAAGGCGAAGAAGGAACUAGAUUGUACAGCUUGGAAAAGGAGUUCAUCCAAUCAUCUGAAAUUCCUAGAUGAGUUUACUUGCAUGGUAAAAUGUGUCAACUAGUAUUGUUGGUUUGGGUGCCAUAGUGCAAACGAAAUGCAAAUUCUUUUUUGGAAACAACAUCCGAAUGUAAAUUAGUAACUCUUGACUGUAACCAUAUGUGUAUUUUGUAUGAUAUUGGGUCAGGCAGGACCAAAUGUGCAGAAGUAAAUAAAACGAUUUCAGUAACUGUUUCUAUUAAA